AUGGUUUUUGAGGGGGGUAGGAAUGUUGUUUGUGUAUUAGCUAAUGAGAGAAAGCCAUGGGAAGAUUUACUUGUUGAUGCCGCAUGCGGUUCUGGGAAUGUUGAGCCUAGCAAUAUCAUUCUGUGGGUUCCCCCUCGUAUAAGCGUGGACGCCACACAUUUAUUUACAACUGAUCAGAUAUUUGAUACUCGUGAUGAGCUUGAACAAUGGGCUAAGAAUGUUGGAAAGGCGAAUGGUUAUGUGCUGGUGAUCGCAAGGUCUGACUAUGCUAUAAGUGGAGGAAAGGUAUUUGUUACUAUUAAGUGUGCGAAGCAUGGUAUUUACAGGCCAUACAAGGACCCGAAUACAUUCAAGUACAAAAAGACCGCAUCACAAAAGACUGAUUGUAAGUUUAAUCUCAAAGGACAACCUGCGAAGGGUGAUAGAAUGUGGCGGCUGAAAGUGAUGGAUGGUAAACACAACCAUGAACCAGCUAAAUCACUAGUUGGCCACCCCUACGUUGGUCGACUAACAGAGGAAGAGAAGGGGCUUGUGGGCACCAUGACUAGUACUUGGACUCCACCGAGACAAAUACUAGCGGCAUUGAAGGAAAACAAUCCAGGUAACUUGACUACAAUCACUCAAGUUUACAGUUGCAACAAAAGGUUUAAAAAAGAGGAGAGGGGACCAUUGACAGAAAUGCAACAUUUGAUGAAGAAGUUGGUAGAAGCCAAGUAUGUUCACUUUGAAAGGCAACAAGCUGAUUCAAGUGAGAUUAGGGAUCUCUUCUGGGCUCAUCCUGAUGCGGUCAGACUCUUCAACACAUUCCCUCAUGUGGUCAUCAUGGAUUGCACGUACAAGACAAACAGAUAUCAGAUCCCCUUGCUUGAAAUGGUUGGUCUCACUUCUACGGGGUUGACUUUCUCCAUAGCAUUUUGCUACAUAGUUAGGGAGCACACAAUUGACUAUGUUUGGGCCUUGGAGUGCAUGAAGUCUCUUAUUGCCGAUGAUGCCAGAUUACCUCAAGUGAUUGUGACUGACAGAGAUUUGGCUUUACUGAGUGCUGUUAAGCAAUGUCUUCCCAAUUUGAUGGAGAACUGGAAAUACCUGAUAUAUGCUGAAACAGUGGAACAAUUUGAUGAGGAAUGGAAGGAAAUGUGUGCCAUGUGUAAGGACUACCCAGAUUUCAUAUCCUACAUUUCUACUACAUGGUUAAAGCACAAGGAGAAAUUUGUGAGUGCGUGGACCAAUUCUGUGUUGCAUUUUGGAACAACAACGAGUAACAGGGCUGAAAGUGCACACUCAACCUUGAAGAGGAUGCUGAAAGACGACAGAGGUGACUUGUGCGCCUCGUGGGAUGCAGUGGAUAGGUUGACCACUGUACGACACAAUGAAAUCAAGGCAUCAUUUGAGCGCAAUAUCAACCUUGUAGAACAUCGUUUCAAGUCGCCCAUGUAUACAAAUAUCAGAGGAUUUGUGUCCAGAAAGGCCAUGCAACUCAUGGAAGAUGAACAGAACAGAGUGAUGCGUGAUGGUUGUGGAUGCGCGUUCCAAGUUACCCAUGGGCUUCCUUGUGCGUGUGCACUUCAUAGUUAUGAUAGAAUUCCGUAUGAGGCAGUCCAUACUUUCUGGAAGAUGCUUGGUUGGGACCAUGUACCCAUUGGGAGUCAAGCCUCAAACCAAGGAGACCUCCAGUCAGAGAUUGAUGGCUUGACCGCUUAUUUCAACAAUUUGGAUGUCGCGGACCAAAGUAUGCUAAGGAGGAAGGUAAAGGAGCUCUAUUGUCCUUCUAGUAGUUCACUGUGUCCUCCUCAAGUGAAGAUAAAGCCCAAGCGCUCGUCCAAGGCUAUGGAGAGUAAACCACCUAGUCAACAAAAACCAUCCUUACAGCGUGAUCCUUGUUAUUGGGAACAUGUUAACAAUAGCCUCAAGCCAACACCUAACAAAGUCUCUUGUCCUCGAAACCGAACUCCUACACCACAAGCUCUGAAGUCAAAGAAGAAGUCUAAGAAGAGCAACUUGUCCACCACCAGCAUAUACUUGGAUGAUUUGCCAUCUUUCUUCCAUCAAUAUAUAGAAAAAGUCAUAGAUGUUAUUCCAGAUGGUAAUUGUGGUUAUAGAUCAGUUGCUGCAUUGUUCAGACCCGACAUAGGUCAAGACGGUUGGCCUUUGAUUAGGGAAGAGUUGCUUGUAGAACUCUCAGAGAAUACCGCUUACUAUAGCAACAUAUUUGGUUACGAGAGGGUUCAGUCCCUACAAAAUCGUCUCAUCCUUCCGAUUGGUACAAUUGCAACUGAAGACAAGUGGAUGUCUCUACCGGAGAUGGGGUACCUCAUUGCUACGAGGUUUCAAGUUGUCUUCAUCUCCAUUGCACUAGACGGUUGUUACACUUAUCUGCCAUUGAGAGGAGGCGCCCCACCGGAAGUACAUCCCGUUAUAGCAGUUGGUCAUGUCACCAACCACUUUGUUCAGCUCAAGUUAAAGCCGGGACAUCCUAUGCCAACACUCGCUCCCCAAUGGCCGUUUUUGGCCAAAGAACCCACCAACCAAUGGAUCAUCCCAUAUGCGACGCGUUUGGCUACAUUUACGGCAGAAUUCAAUGCUUGGAUUGAUGCUGGUCCUCAAGAGAAUGUCUUUAUAGACCUUGGAGAAGAUUGA